AAAUCAUAAGCUUUUCGAUUGGCGCGCCACCACUAUCUUUAUCCGUACCAUGAGUGACCCCCCACCACUGGAGUUUAUAAACUUAGAAAAUAGUCUGAUUACUAAUCAUAUGCUUUUCGAUUGGUGCGCCACCACUAUAAUGGAAUUAUCUUUGUCUGUAUCAUGAGUGACCCCCCCACCACUGGAGUUUAUAGACUGAGAAAAUAGUCUGUGAUUACUGUUGAUGUGAACUCUUUCUUUAACAAAAUUGAUGGUUGAUGUGUUCAGAUGUAAAAAAAACAUGCUGCUCUGAAAUUCGAGGAAAAUAAAUAAAAAUGAGUCAUCCGAAUAAGGAAAAUCAACCGCAGAACACGUGCAAUUGCUGUUUCUGCAAAUACUUAAAAUUUAAUGGAAGAAUUGUCGAUUUUCCUUGCGAGUUUUGGAGGACAAAUUAUGAAAGAUAUAACCAUGAAAAUCAAAUGCGUGAGGUACGAUCAGGAUCUUUUCAAAGUUCCUUUCAUAGACAAUCUAUACAACCUAGGUAUUCCACACAUUUCAUACAAUCACAAGCUAUUGUGCAAGGUAGGCCAUCUCCACAACUGGGAUCGUUUUUAUAUGGUGGUUCCUUACCACAAAAUACACCUCAAGUUCAACAUGGGCAACCUGUACAUCCUAGACCGCCUAUACUUCCACAACUACCAGCACACCCUGGUUAUUUUUCAUCCAACUGUUUAACACCAUCUGGGAAUUCUGCACCUUCAGUUCAAAAUAGACAAUUUGGAAAUAUAGACACUUCGAAUCGUAGACCUUACAUUCGACGUGGACCUUACGUUCGACGUGAAGUACAGUCUCAACCUUCUGCGCAACUACAACCUUCUUCAAAAGCAGAAGCUUCUGCACAACUGGAACCCCCCCACAACCAGGACCUUCUACACAACUGGAACCUUCUGCACAAACUGGACCUCCUCCAAAACCUUCUGAACAAACUGCAACUGUUGAACAGCCUGGGUCAUCUACGCAACAUGGACUAGAAAUUGGAAAUUAUGUAAAACCUCAGCAAAAAAAGAGAGUAAGUAGAUGGGAGAAAUCUCUACCCUCAACUUCACAAUCAGUGGAACAGUAUACUCCAAGUGAAACUUAUGUGCCAACACCAAAAGAGGAACUUGAAAAAGCAUCAUCAAAAUUAUCUACCUCAUCCGACUCUUCUUCUGAGUCUUCUUCCGACUCAUCUUCAGACUCACCAUCAUCUCCUGAAAAAAAAGAUGUGUCAAAAAACAAUUCAUUGCUUCCGAACGUGGAACAAAUUGACAGUCUGAAAAAAAAUUAUGACCCACGUUCGGAAGCAAUGAAACUUCAUAAGUCUCCACGAAAGGCCAUGAAAUUAACUGCAAACAUUGUGAGUGAAAAAUUAAAACCUACUCCUUCAACUUCUAAAAACACUAUUUGUGAUGAUAUAAAUGAUCCUUGUGUCAGGAAACCUACAAGGCCUACAAAAGAAGUGACAAGUAAGAAGAAAUAGAAGAAGAAUAAGAAGGAUAUGGAAGAAAAGCAACAGAAAAGAAAGUGAAAUGUUUUCAGAAGUGUUUUUAUUCGUUUUUUGUUCGUUUUUUUAGUUUACAUGUCUACAUCACUUAAAGCAAAAGAAAAGAAAGUGAAAUGUUUUCAGAAGUGUUUUUAUUCGUUUUUUGUUCGUUUUUUUUAGUUUACAUGUCUACAUCACUUUAGAACAUUAUUUGAUCUCACAUGAUGUUAUGUGAUUUUGAAUUUGAUAAGAAAGCUCUAUUUUAUUUUUUAAGACAGUGAAACGUGUUCUUAGUCUAAUGUUGUUGAAUUUUUAUUUAAUAGCAUUUAUCUUUUUUUUUCUUAAUAGCAUUUAUAUCACUGCUUAUUAUGUGAUUUUUUCAUUUAAUCACAAUUUCAUGAUAUCUACACGGUAUAAUGUUCCAUGUGAUUACUUUAUUUAAUCGCAAUUUCGUGAUAUUUCACAGUAUGAACCAAUGUAUUAUGUUCCAUGUGAUUACUUUAUUUAAUCGCAAUUUCGUGAUAUUUCACAGUAUGAACCAAUGUAUUAUGUUCCGUGUGAUUACUUUAUUUAAUCGCAAUUUCGUGAUAUUUCACAGUAUGAACCAAUGUAUUAUGUUCCGUGUGAUGAUUUUAUAUAAUCGAAGAGUUGAAGAGUUGAAAAAGUAUUAUGGUGUUGAAAAACCAAAAAGUAUGGUGAUGUUGUAUAAAUGUUUAUUUUCAAACGUGACAUUUUAUUUUAUUAUCUUAAAUACAAAUUUUGACUUUUUCUUUUUCUUUUAAAAAAACAUUUAUACAACAUCACUGUGAUACAAAAUACAUGAUAUUAUUAUUAAUGUAAUUAAUGUAAAAUUUAAAAGAUAUGUAUAACGAUCAAAAAUAUAAAAGCAUU